AUGCACAUUUUGGAGGUUAUCAAUAAUACUGGACAGCAAUCAAAUUCUAAGGAGUUUGUGCUGAAAAUUGUUAUUCCAGUGGUUACUUCAUCCUUUCUGAUAUUCUUGUUAGUUUCAGUUUGGAUAAUGAAAUGUAAGAAGAAACGAAAGUCUACAGAUGUUGAAAUAGUACCAGAGGUCGGGACCUAUCAAUUGAUUUCUUAUCAUGAGAUUCAACGAGCAACAAAUAAUUUUGGUGGAUCAAAUUUAAUUGGUGAGGGAAGCUCUGGCUUUGUAUACAAAGGCACAUUAUCUAGCGGAACUGUGGUGGCUAUAAAGGUUUUGGAUUUGAAAAAAGAGCAAGUAUGCAAGAGGUUUGAUACUGAAUGUGAAGUGAUGAGAAAUGUUAGGCACAGAAAUCUUGUGUCUGUGAUCACUACUUGUUCUAGUGACUAUAUAAGAGCCUUUGUUCUGCAAUAUAUGUCUAAUGGGAGCCUUGAGAAUUGGUUGUACAGAGAAGAUUGCCAAUUGAACCUUCUUCAAAGAGUAACAGUAAUGUUUGAUGCGGCUAUGGGAAUUGAAUAUCUACAUCAUGGUUAUAUCACUCCAAUAGUUCAUUGUGACCUAAAGCCAGCCAACAUUCUUUUGGAUGACGAUAUGAUGGCUCAUGUUGGUGAUUUUGGAAUCUCCAAAAUUUUAGCUGUGAGCAAGUCCAUGGCAUAUACUGUGACAUUGGGCACUCUUGGUUACAUCGCACCAGAAUAUGGCUUGGAGGGAAUAGUGUCCACUAGUGGUGAUGUUUAUAGUUACGGCAUCAUGUUGAUGGAGGUUUUGACCAAAAGAAGGCCAACAGAUGAAGAGAUAUGGAAUGAAAAUCGUGAUUUGAGGAAAUGGAUAACACAAUCAAUUUCAGGGUCUAUGGUGGAUGUUAUAGAUGACAAACUUUUUCCUGAGGAAGAAAAAAUCACUUCUAAAAGUGAAAUCUGCAUAGCCUCAAUGAUAGAAUUGGCUUUAGACUGCACAAAGGAAACGCCAGAAUCAAGAAUAACCAUGGAAGAUGUAGUCAAGAGGCUUAACAAAAUCAAGAACGCAUUUUUGGAAAUAUAGAUGUUAGCAUCUCUUUCGCGUAGUGUUUUUGAUCAGUUGAGUACACAGUUCGUCUAUUAAUCUGCUCAGUUGUUCCUCUUUUAGUUUUCACAAAUGCACUCCUACAAUAACUCUGUCUAUAAUCAAGUAUCCUACCUGUGAA